UUCUAGUAUGACACGGUUUUGAGGGCCAUGAUGAAUUAAAACGCUGUGACCUGCUUACUUUGUAUACAGUUUGGCUUUGCCCCCAUCGGACGGCAUAGACUGGGUGGUCCCAUAGAGAGGGACGUAGCACCUUCUGUUGAGAGGAAAAGAGCGAAUGGUUACAGGUUGGACAAAGCGAUUCGACACCCCUCCCUGGCUGUUCAGUCGUAGUCGAGACCCAGCUGAUUGCUUUGAGUCCCGUGAGGACACUUGGAUGAUCAAUCAAUCCAAACGGAGUUGUUCGGAACGUUUGGUUUUCUGUGGCCGCUCGUGUCGGCAAAGCCAUUCCAACUCCCGGUCCGGUUCGACUGGGGAUUAUUUCUAGAAGAGGAUAUUUUCAACUUUUAGUUUACCGAAGAUUCUCAUAACGAGUAGGCCCUUGUCUCAUCCCCAGCCUCGCGUACACUUCUAAUUUUAAGUCAUGGGGGAUACUGGUAGCGAACGUAGAAAACCACCAAGUUUACCACCUCGGUGUCCAUGUGGAUUUUGGGGGUCAAGUAAAACUAUGAACCUCUGCUCCAAGUGCUUUGCUGAUAUCCAGAAAAAGCAGCCAGAUGAGGACUGUGCCCCUAAGCCCGCCCCGGCCUCUGGGAGUAGCCAAUCAGCCGUCUUCAGUAGCGAGAGUAGCAGCAUCAGUAGCCAGUCCCUUUCGUCUCAGCCCAGUGGCUCCGACCAACCGCCAAGCGAUGAUCCUCUCCCUGUGUUCUCUGGCACACAGGAGGGUGUGUCGUGCACAGAGACGGCCCAGGGCACGCUGUGCACUCCCACCAAACGUCCUUACGACUCAGCUUCAGGGUCUGAGAGCGAGGCGUCACCGGAGAAGCGGGCCCGGACGGACGAGGAGGCGGGGGGGAGCGAGGAGCCUUGCAGGGGGCCCAAGCAGAAGAACCGCCGGCGCUGCUUUCGCUGCCAAACCAAACUAGAGCUGGUGCAGCAGGAACUGGGCUCAUGUCGCUGUGGCUACGUGUUCUGCAUGCUGCACAGGCUCCCAGAGCAGCACGACUGUCUGUUCGACCACCUUGGCCGCGGGCGCGAGGAGGCCGUCCUCAAGAUGGUGAAGCUGGAGCGCAAGGUGGGCCGCUCCUGCCAGCGCAUCGGGGAGGAGUGCUCCUGAGCACCCACACGGCCCAGCCAAUCAGAGAGGAGGCACUUAGAGAGAGAGGGUGGGGGCGGGGCGGGGAGGGAGGGGCAAGGGGAGGGGGUGGGGGGUUGAGGAGGGAAAUAGCAUGGUCGCUUUAGCUCGGACCUGCCCCCCCAAUUCUGGUUGUGAGCUUGAACACAGUCCUGUAAAGUCUUGAUCCCUACAUGGGACACCUGCUGGACCGUACUCUGGACUGCGCCAUCAUGGUCCCAGGGCCCCCGUGGCAAGCUGUGGGGCCUAACUCAGUCUGGCAUCUUCACACAGCCUUAACUCAGCCAGUCUUCAGGGGGGUUUCCUGUAAAGAACGAUCGGUCAGUUUGAUCACACUGCCCCCCUUCCCCGCAUCUCAACCAAGGCUCCUCUGCACCUCCAUUGCUUUAUGAUUUAGUUGAAAGAGAAGACCGCUCCAGAACAUGAUUAAACUGACCCGUCUGAAUUUACUGGGCCCUUAGUCGUCAGCAGGUUUCCAGUACUCUGUCAUGGGGGAACAUAACCCUGUCCUGCGGCCUCUCUUCAGGUUAUCACCCCCCACCCUCCUCCCUCCUGCCCAAUCAACCAGUGGUUUGGCUCCUGCAUGGCAUUGGAUUGAACCUCAGUGUGUGUGUGUGUGUGUACGUACGUACGUGUAGAGUAAGGACGUCCCCUCUGACUCAGUUCUCGUGUGGCCAUGUUUGUUUCUAUGAACUGUCGUCAGCUUUGUUUAACUUGCGGACCGCCGAGCCCUGAAAGAUGGUGCACCCCUCCCCUGUGUUCAGCUGGAUCAGACACUGAACAAAUGGACUCGGGUCACACAGAACCUCCGGAGCAGAGCCCUUUUCCAUCUCUGCCUUCCCUUUGAAUGAGUGGUUUCUGUCUUCUUGUAAUAGCCCAGCCCUCUCUUUUCUCUUUCUUUACCCACGUACACAAUCUCUCUUGGGAGUUUGUGCUCCAAUCAUUUCUGUUUCAGCCUCUCUUCUUCCUCCCUGCAAGUCACGCUGCUUAGCUGAUCCUCAGUCACUCUCUCUUCUUCUUUGUUUCUGGCUCACCAACCACCUCAAUCCUGAGAGGAGAUUGAAGGAUGAAGAGAGCAGCGGUGAGGAGAGAUGACGUGGCUGGUAGUUUAAGACCUAGUUUAUCAUGUGAGACCUGUUCUCUUGAGUGCUUAUGAGAAAUGGGGAAACAAUGAGUAUCUUUCUGUAUCUUAAAAGAAAUUUUAUUUAACCAUAUAUUGUUUUGAUUUACUUACACACUAGCAUAGAGCUGCAUAUUUAGUUAAAUGUAUAAAAAGAACAUAAUUCUGUUCCAUUUUCUCUUAUUUUAUUAAGUUUCAUUUUCACUGAGGAAGAAUAAAGUGGAUUAGAGGAUG